AUGAGUGGUCUGACGAGCAGAAAAAACAGCCCGAAGAAAUCCUCCUACUAUGAUCGCAACCUGCGCCAAGGUCCGGCGCUGAUUCGAGCCCGAAAGCCAUACCUCGUUAAGAAUCUUGCUGUCGGUGCUGGCCUAUGGUGCUUCGCCGGUGCAGUUUACUGGUAUACUCUCCGAGCCGUCGGCCAGGACGAGUUCGAAGACGUCAAGGUUCCCGACACCCCAAGACAACCUGCGAAAUCCAACUAA